AUGGGCUGUUCUGCAUCAUUUCCUAAUCAUACCACUCCUUGGAAAAAACCAACUUGCGCCCCAGGGGAUUUUCAAAUUGCUUCAGUUUCUUUGUCGCAUAACACCAAGAACACUUUACGAGAAUCAUGGAAACUCGUGGAACCAGUUAAAACCGAGACAGGAAAAGCCAUGUUUAUGAGGUAAGAUAAGCAAGUGAUCUCGACUCGGCGGUAGUUUCUCCUUGCGUUUAUGUAACUGAGCUUAGCAUGUGCCAAAAGAUCUUCAGUGCUGAAUUUCACUUUGUUAAUAUAAUUAAUUAUGCUGUUCAAGGAUGAAGUGGAAACAGUUUAAGUCUAUAAUGCAGAAAUCAUAUAGUGCCGACCUUUCAAAGUGGAAGCCGUUACUAAGCAGUUUAAUUUUGCUGUGGUAUAUGUUUAUAUCUAAAGCACAGGUGUAUUUUCAGCUUUAAACCCGAUGGUGAAUAUAAUUUUUAACGUUAAGGCUUUUUUAGUUCACCAUGCUAUAGCAUAUGAUAUAGCCAAUUCAUAGAUGACUCUGGUAUAGUGUUGAUUCUUUCUCGUUCUAAAAAAUUUACUCGAAUAAAAUGAAUGAAAGUAAGUCCGCGAAUCGGUUCCAUGGUUCAUUCAGGUGCCAGUAUAUUUAAAGCCGCCUGUAUUUAGUUAACACUGACGUCAGAUCACAAAACAAAAUAUUUAUUUUUAGGCUUAGUCCUUCUUUAUAUUGUCAACUUUUUCCCGCUGACUUACCAACAUAUAAUUUCUCAUAAUUUGGAUACUUUUGAAGUGAUACUAGUGUCGCAAUUAGAAUCUUAACUUAAGGUUUUGUGCACCUGGAAAAGUUCUAAUGAAUCAUUUUAAGCAGGUGUCUUCAUUGACUUGUUGUAAUAUUUUACGCUAGAGCGAAUAAUCAAAAAUGCAUCCAUAGGCUUAGUGAACUCCCACUGAAUAUUACGGGAGAAAAACGUCGAAAAACCAGACGUAAUUACUUCCUGAACGAGUAGUCUACAAGGAAAUCAAAGUAUUUUUCGACUGGUUUUGCCCGAGGGUGUUAAUACGGUUUGACCGGUAAAAAAAACAUGAAAAUGCUCAAGACACUGAAAAGUAGGAAAUGACAGUUGUUAACCAAUAUAGAUCGUUUGAUUAAACAAGGUGUGGGACUUAGGAAAAAGAAAAUAAGUGCAUGAAUAGUAAAAACAAAGUGAGGAUGUUUUGGAUUUAAUCAUAAUACACAUAUUAAAUAAUAAAUCGACAAUUGUUAACCCUUUUCGUUACUAUUUAUGAGGAUCCACAUACGGGACAUUGAGAAAACCUAGGUGACAGUACUGACGCGUAUUUCACAUUAAAGAGAGUUCCACUUUUGAAUAGCGUUAACUGCAUGUCAAUUCAGACCAGAAUUCACAAAAACUAAGGGCCUGGGCCCGGUUGCAUAAAACGUCCGUAACAACUACGGGUACACGUACGUGCACUCGUAACUUAAGUCAGUUGCAUGAAAUCACUUAAGUGGUCCACUUAGGGAAUUCACUUAAGUGGUUGCACUUACGAUUUUCGUAAGUGUUCACUUAAGUGUCGUUUAUGCAACAGAAAUUGCGGGUGUUGCAUAAAACUUCUUUUACGGGAAAAAUAGCACGUAAAUUUACGGAACCUAUGUAGGUCCCGUAUCGUUACUAUUUUUACUAAAUUUAAUGAGAUCUUUUACUGAGAAGUGAAAAAAAGUAUUUUUCUUCACGUAAUUCGUUCUAAUGCGCUUUGUUAACCUCUGAUGUACACUUUUGUGAAAAAGAAGAAGAACUAUUAUUUUCAGUAGAUAUUGAAGAAAAAUAACGGUUGCAAGCAAAUUUCAUUUUUUGAGAGGCUUAAAAGUGUUCGAAACGACUUUUAACUUUCUUUACACUCACCGAUGGUUAGCUUAAAAAAAAAGAGUGAAUCAUUAAUAAAGUACUAUAUCAAGGUUACGUGUGUCCUUAAGUGAGCCCGUAAGUUACCACGUAAAACAGAAACUUACGAGAGUGCUAAGUGUGUUCCAUGCAACACCCGUAAGUGUACCCAUAACGGAUUCGUAAGUGACCUACUUAAGUGAGCACUUAAGUGCAGGUUUUAUGCAACCGGGCCCUGUUUACUUGGAGGUGGGGUACCCCAGAUAAGUGAGGUAACCCGCUUAGGUGGGGUAACCCGCCUGUCCACACAAUCUCUCAUUUUAAUUUGAUCACGUUUACAUGAUAGAUGGGGUGACCCGCCACAUGUUACCUCACCUACCUGGGGUCCCCCACCUUCAUGUAAACAGGCCCUAAAAAAUUGACUUGUUUUAAAAUAACAAAAAGAAGUCGCUAGGGCAUAUCAUAUGAUAUCACAGCCGAAAAGACUUUGGCGGGAUUGUCACAACAUACACCACUUGGUCCAAACAGUAUCAAAAGACAGUACUGCUCAGUAGCUUUUAUUUGAAUGGUCACACCAUAGGAUUUCAUCCACAGACUCAAAAGUUAGAACCACCUUGUACAGCAUGAUAAACAGUACCACAGGAAAGUACUUCUCAGUAGCUUUCAUUUGAAUGCAAUCAUUACAUUCUACACCAAUCUAAAUCUAAGGAUGAAAUGUUUAACACAAUCUUCUUAUGUUCUUUAGACUUUUUAAGACUCAUCCAAACAUCCAAGACACGUUUCCUUCAUUUAAAGGCGUCAGUCUUGACGAACUUAUGAAUUCUCGCUCGCUCUAUCUUCAUGCCAACCGAGUCAUGGCUGUGGUAGAAAACGCCAUCUCCGCUUUAGAUGACGCUGACGAGGUUAUAGACUCUCUUACAAAUUUGGGUAAAAAACAUCAACCGUGGUCACUCACACAGGAGCACUUUAGGGUAAAUCACUUUUUUGCCGUUAUAAUACUAUUCAUUUUUACUAUUGCCCAUUUGAAAACAUUUAAUUCUUUUUUGAACGUGUUAGCCAUACAAGAAAAUCGCUCUUUUAAAAUAAUCUUUGAGUCUCGCCCCCUCUUUCGAUGCCAUUUGAUAAUAAAUUUGAAACGAAAAAUUUAUAUCAAAGGCCCAUUUCUGAUUUAUAAUCAUGUGCCCAAUGUGUGACUCACGCCUCAGCCCGAGGCCCUUAAAAGCCUUCAGAACUGGACCAUCUUUGGCCCUAGUAGACUUUCAGGCUAUUUAUAGAUACAUCUUUCGUGCCGAAAAACCCCAGCCAACCAGGAAAAGGGCAUCAUUUCCAGAAAAUGGUGGAUGGCAAAGUAUAGAAAAAUUACUUUAACCCAUACAUUGGAUAGUAGCUCAGCGUCCACCCUAGUUAAGAGUCAUCAAAAUCAAGCAAAGAACAGAUUCUAUUUAUGACAAACAAGGUAAAUGUUAGUGAGAAAAGAACAAUCUAGUUCUGUCACAAUUAUUCAAAGAAUAAGUUUCAGAGGUGCGCAAUCUCGUAAUAGCUAUUGAAGAAAGCGAUAAUGAAUCCAAAACAAUCCCACUGUUUAGUUUGACAAAAGACAUAACUUCCAGGGUGAUGAGAUCUUGCUUGAAAAGUAACUUAAAUAUUUUCGUUCUUCAAAUUCGUCAGGUUCUAGGUGAUGCACUUUUGUGGGCGUUACAGGAAAUGCUAAAUACGGAGUGCACGAACCAAGUCAUAGAAGCCUGGAAAGAGUUGUUUAAGUUCAUAACCAGACCAAUGCUGAGUGGUGUAGAAGGGGACGUCUUUUAG